UUUUUUUUUUUUUUGCGAGACCUUUCGACGUUUGUCAUAAUAAAUUUUAGUUUGGUUAAUAGCAAGUUAUAUACAGGUCUUAAGAUGACACUGUCUGAAUAUGAGAAGCAACGGCUAAAAAAUAUAAAAGAAAAUGAAGAGCUACUACGAAAUUUGGACCUUCCACAACUCUUUGAUUCAAAAUCGAGAAGUGCUAGUCCUUCUGGUUCGUCAAACAAGAAGAUUUUGAAGCAACAUAUGCCGGCCAAGAAAAAAAAAGAACCUCAAUUACCAACGCGAUCUUCAGCACGACUUCGAGGCAAAGAACCUGAUUUAACUGAUCUCAAACGAUCGCUUGACGAUGAUGGUAUUGCAGAAGAGUCUGCAGCAAAGAAGACUAAAAUUAUUGAUACACUGGAUGAAAAAGAUCAAAAGCGACUGUUGAAUGCAAUGAAAACAGCGUUAAAAGAUAUUCCCAAUAUUACACCGAAACAGAAAGAAGGAAUCUUAGGAGAAACGGAGGAGAAAGAAAACAGCAAACACGAAAAGACAGAUUCAGCAUUGAGAGAGACUUUGGAGAAAUUGCAAAUCCGACAUACAUGGACAACUAUUAAAGUAACGCCUGACCGAAUAACAGGAGCACUCUUCCAUCCGUCCGCCACAAAGUUACUUGCAUGUGCUAUUGAUACAGGUGGUUAUCUUGGUAUUUGGGACAUUGAUUAUCAGCGACAAGAAGUUGAUGAUGAGGUAGAGGAUCAGGAGGAACCAGCAGUCUACCAGUACCGACCCCACACUCGAUCUUGUACAGACAUUCAUUUCAACCCUACCAAUCCUUCUAAGCUAUUAACAUCAGCUUAUGAUGGGUAUAUAAAAGUCUAUGAUAUGAAUAAAGCUGAAUUCGAAACCAUAAACUUAAAUGAACAAUAUCCUAUUACAACGUUUGAUAUAACAAACGACGGCCAUUCGUUAUGGUUUUCAACAUCGGAAGGCGAACUAGGAUUGAUGGAUUUGAGAGCUAAAGCAACCGAGCAUAUGAUUGUCAAUCCUAGAGACAAAAAAGUCGGCUGCAUCCAGCUUAAUCCCACAAACCAACACUUAAUGGCCUUAUCUUCUAACGACCGUACGCUUACUUUUUGGGAUACCCGAAAAUGGAUAGCCAAUAGAACGAAGAGAUCGGGUAAUCAGGAUACUGUGGAGCCUCUCCAGGUAGUAGAACACGGCUACUCUGUUACAAGUUGCUAUUGGUCACCUAAUGGAAAACACCUUGCAACUGCCUGUUACGAUGAUUAUGUUCGUCUUUUUGAUUUGACAAACAAAGGGAAUGAAGUGAUGGAGCUGAAGAAGGCUAUCAAGCAUAACAAUCAUACAGGUAGAUGGGUUACUAAUUUUCGAGCGAGAUGGAAUCCGAAUCCUAAUUAUGGACCCCCUCAUAUUAUCAUUGGAAAUAUGAAGCAAACAAUUGAUGUAUAUUCCGGUAAUACUGGGCAAGAGAUAGUGCAAUUAUAUGAUCCUGAUCAUAUUACAGCUAUUCCUAGUGUUGCUCAAUUUCAUCCUACUACUGAAAAUCCUGUUAUUCUGACAGGUAAUGCUUCUGGCAGAAUGGUUUGCUGGAGUUAACCGAUGAAUUGGUUACAGUAUAAUACAAACUAUAGUAAUAAAUUCCACUUUUUACAGCCUUUUAAUUGAUAAUAUGUCCUCUAAAUAUCCAUUGCACGUAUUAAUCUAAAUGGGAAAGUAUCACAUGUACCUGACUAUGG